AUGGCGGCAAAAUGUGUGCUGCUGACAGUUGUGAUAGCCUUGUUGUUUCAGUCCAUGCCAGCAAAAAUGGAGAAAUCUUUCGAUAAAUUCUUGAAGAGUGAUCACACAAACAAUUGGGCAGUAUUGGUAAGAGAAACGAAUAUAAAACGAUCACUGACAGUAGAGUUUACGUAGGGGAAGCGAACAUGCUGGAUCGCAUUUAAGACUCUUUAUUUUUAGGUUUGCACGUCUCGGUUCUGGUUCAACUAUCGCCAUGUAGCUAACGUUCUGUCCAUUUAUAGAAGUGUCAAAAGACUUGGAAUCCCCGAUAGGUAGGUACAUUAUUUCUAAAAAACAAGAAAUGUAAUACACACAAACAAACAAAAAUUGAAAGUGUAGGAUUUUAAACAUUGGGAUUAACUGUACAACCUACACUUUGCUACUGAAAAACCGUGGCUGCGUGGUAUGUUGUAUACAGAUAAUUAUAGAAUCAAUAAUAGAAACGUCGCAAAACUGGGGUGACUCAAAAACUCAGACCUCCGACCCUGAAAAACUCAGACCCCAGGAUGUCUCGACAACACGGACACUCAAUUCAAUUCUAAGUGGGGUCUGAGUUCUGAGUUUUUGUGACACCCCUUAAAACUGCUUUGCUGGAAAUGAGAGCCCAGUCUCAUGCAGUCCCAUAUCAUGUGAUCAGUUUAAAAUAAUGCUUCACUGACCAGCAUAUCUUUAUCAGCCUCCAAGUGAAGUAUUUGUAAGGGGAUUCAAACAAGGUCUGUAGAAAGCAACCAUAAGAAAAGCCAGUGGCGGCUACAAGUACACCUGUGCUAGUUGUAGCAAGAUAGUUUUUUUCAUACAUCUUGGCAAUAUGCCUGAAAAAUGGUAUUAUGAUAUUGUCUUUGAUGGUUAGUAUAAAUUAAUUUUCAUUCUUCAAUAAUGACUGUCUUUUCACUUUCAUAUUCACACAGUCACAUUAUUGUUAUGCUUGCCGAUGAUAUGGCCUGUAAUGCCCGCAAUCCAAGACCAGGUGAGUCUUUAGUUUUUCCUACGCUGUUUGUGUCACCUUUAAUAAGUCUAAUUAUGAUUUUUCAAAGAAAUUACAUGUAGGAGGUGCAGGAAGUUGUGAUACACCAUUAGUGAUACUUUUCCUUACAAAGGAUUUAAACCUCUAUGUUUCCCUGACUUAUGUAAGCAGAAAUCCACCAAGGUCCCCCUUACAAGAACUUGUUUCUCAGCUAUAAAGUUCUCACAGGGAAAAUAACAUUCCAGAUUCGCCAUUUUCACCUAGUGACUGCAGUUCCUGUUACAGAUUUUCUAAAAUCUAAAGCCAUAGUAGAAGUAUAUAGCAUCCUUCAAGCUUGCCAAUCCUGUUUUGUACUGACGAGUUCACUCUCUGAAGAUGACUACCGCACAGGUUGUUGAAACGUCAGUCACUGUCAACAACAGUCCUAUGUGGAAUUAGGACUAUGUUCACCUGGAUAAUCUUGCUAAACUUACAUGUACUUAUGAAAUGACUCCUUGGUUCAAACCUUUCACACUUCUCAAUGUUUAAAAAUAUUAUCCAUAAUAAAUUAAGAAACUUUACACUUACGACAGUACCUAUAGGAUUUAUAUUUUCAAAAUCUGUUGACGGAAAAGGUUUGUGAUUUCAUGGGCAUCAUUUUGAUGGCCCACAUGUCAUUUCUAGAAAAGUGAUGAACAGGCCUUUUGCAGCAGUUGGUCAUGCAAUCAACUUUCUGUAAACAAGAGAACAGCUCUUAGCAGCAGCUUAGCAUCAACUGAAAGAGCAUAUAAAAUUAAGAAACCUGUAAGUUUUCUGCUGUAUAUCUCCAAAAUAGUGAUUACUAUGGCUGGUAAAGAUUAGAAGGAUUUGUAUGGGAAAAACAACUCUAACCACCCAGUCACAGUUGAGUGGUUUUGCAUAAAAAUCCUUGUAGUAUUUAAACUUUUGUAAAAUCUUUCCUUAAGCAUCACAGGGCUCAAAUUUUCUUGUGUUCACAACAAACAAUAUUAGCCCUCUAAGAUGUAAGGGAAAGAUUUAAGGAUGAUCUGAAAAUUUUCUCUCACCUUGGCAACAGCCAUUUUGUUGGAACUCAAUUGCUCUCAAAUAUUGUAACAGAUCCCAGUGAUCUUGAGUCACAGCUUUGUAUUUCCACGUGCUUUAUUGAAUUGUUUUGUCAGACAGGCAUAGCUGUUUUGCACAAUCAUGUUCAAUUGGACAGGGUCAUUGGAUACUUCUACUUAGCCUGUUUAAUGUAUACUUAUUACUGACAUAAUUGCACAAUAUUUUUUAACUUAAAUAAGCUCUCUAAAAUUCUCAGACAUAGAAAUUUUGGACAGUUUUCUUUUGUCUGAAUUAAAAUCGUCUGCGAUUUUAGGGGUUUAACAUAAUUAUACAGAAACUCAAUCAUUUCAUUCCCCUGUCAUUCACAGGCACAGUGUUUAACAAUGCUAAUCAGCAUAUCAAUGUCUACGGUGAUGACAUUGAAGUGGAUUACAGAGGAUACGAGGUACACUUUAACAGAUCCCUUGGGUGCAAGUGCCAUAUAAGGCAUACCAUUGUUGCCUUUUUACUGUACCUUGAUGUAUUCUAUGUAGCUUUAUUGCUCCACCUGCUCCCUUCCACACCUACAACAUGGAUACCAUACCUAUUCAGCUCUGCUUAUCGAUGUGUUAUGCUUAACCUGCUUCUUAUAACAGCAUGUGGACUUUCAAAAAUUAAUUUUAGUUGGGUCAUCAGUCAGGAGGGAAAAUGUCGCUGAAGCAAGUCAAGUCCAGUCUGGGCAAGUUUAUCCAGCAUGCUAUGGCCAGCUUUAAGGAUCUAAUAUGGGAUACUCAAGGCUAUUCAUCAUGACAUCAUAGUCCUGUUGUAGGUUUAAAAAAUGCAGCCCGGGGGAAAUUAAAAUAUCGCACCAUUGUCAUGUGAGAAACUUACUUUAAGUAACAAUGAAUCCAAAAAGGAAAGAAAAGGAAAGACAGGUUCCCCAUUUACCAUGUCAGUACCAAUAAAGAAUUUUGCAUUGAUACCGGUAAUUACAAUUAUGUCAAAAUCCUGUGCUCCACCUGUCUACCUUUUGGUGUAGUAAUUUUUUUGUGUCGUGAAGAUUUUGAAACACUUAAAAUUUUACCUUCUUUGCCUAGCAUUGUAACCAUAAUUAAAGGCAAAAAGUAAAAUUAAUUCUCUGAAACCUUUUGUUACAGGUUACAGUGGAAAACUUCAUCAGAAUCUUGACAGGUAAAACCAAGAAAAAAAAUAUGAUUUGUUUUCUACUUUCCUUUUUCAAUUUUCCAAGGUGACUUCCCACCCUGUACCAUUAACUAUUAUAAAGUUGCAUAGUCUUUUUGCCUCUCAGUGGAAAUUGUGAUCACUUGAUAUUUUCCAUAUUUUUAUACAACAGGUCGUCUUCCAUCCAGUGUUCCAAGAUCCAAGCGAUUACUCUCUGAUGAAAGAAGCAACAUUCUCGUCUACAUGACAGGUUUGUUUAACAUGAUUAAGUUUCCUAUGAAAACUCAAAGGCGGGGAAGGAAUAUCUUAAUUGUAAUGCUGCUGUUUUUCCUUCUUCCUUGUAGGCCAUGGGGGUGAUGGGUUUCUUAAGUUUCAAGAUUCUGAGGAGAUUACAAGCAUAGAGUUGGCUGAUGCCUUUGAGCAAAUGUGGCAAAAACGACGGUAGGUGUGGCAGUAACAAUGUCAGACCUCAAGGAAAAGGACCCAGGAGUGUAGGACCCUCUCUAGCCUAGCCUGAGAGAAAGGCAAACAUUUCACGAUGCUGGUCUCCUCGCGAAUGACAUCUGAGGGCCAUACUGAUGUUGGUCACUACCCAGAUCUGGGUAAUACUUCUGAUUGAUUGUGCCUUGCGGGGAAUUGGGUUUGACCAAUCUGCAGUCAUUCCUCAGAUGUUAUUUCGUGUGGAAACAAGUAGUGUGGUUGUAAAUGUGUGCUGUUUUGUCAGGCUCUCUCUGUCCUAGACUAGGUAUCUCAAUACCCACCCUUCAAUCUGCUACUGAGUAAUCCAUUGAGCUGCUUGGUAUGCGUCUGUAGUCCCUCAUUUUUAAUCCCUCUAUUUUUGGAUCAUUGCAGGUAUAAUGAGGUGUUCUUGAUCGUGGACACCUGCCAAGCAUACUCCAUGACACUGAAGCUUUACUCACCAAACAUUCUGGGCGUUGGCAGCAGUUUAGUUGGAGAAGAUUCCCUUUCUGUGAGUUCAUCUUUGUGUACAGGGACCCUAAUUAAAUUCAGGAUGACUGUUCCUUCUUGGACUGGAACCCAGGAUCUCAGCUUCAAAGAAUGAUACUUAAAACCGUGAUUUCCAGCUUGUCUUUUGGUCCAGCAGCUCUCGCAUUAAUGUAUUUGCCCAGGCCGACUUCUUGCUGGUCGUAGUCAAUGAUUUUGUUGGAGGGUAACUUCCUGAACCCUUGCCCUUUGGGCAGCAAGUAAGCUUUAAAAGCUACCUGCCCAGCAAGAAAAUCUACUUGUCCCGAACGACAGAAUGGGAUUUUUUACGAGCCCUACUUUGACACUGAAUUCACGUUUUCUUUCUCUUGGCAAAUGUAUUUAUACAAAGUUUGGAUAGGAAAGUUGUUGUGUUUACUGUUUUCUUUUCAUCAUCAUCUAUUUUUUAGCAUCAUGAAGACCCAGCCAUUGGAGUUCACGUGAUAGACAGGUACACGUAUUACGUUCUUCAGUUUCUAGAAGGCGUCACUCCUAACAGCAAGGCCACCGUGGGAGAUUUGGUAAAUACAUUUGAUAUUUCUUAUGUACUAACAUCAUCAUCAUUAUAAAGUAGCUGUGUUGUUUUAAGCUGUUUUCAGUAGUACUAUGGACUGACUCAGAAUUCGGCUUUCUUGGCGAAGAUUUUUUUGCUAACCACUCUCUCAAGAGUGGUGUGUCUCCAACUGAGAGUGAGCUAAAACUGUGAAGCGUUUCUUUCUCGAGCUGAAUUGAAUUCACAUUCAGUACAAGAUGAUGUGUUAAGAUGUAUAUAUGUAAAGUUGCUACCCAAACUGUCAUGGUCAUUGUCUGUAGCAUCAUCAUGAUUGAGUGCAAGUGUGUUUAAGACACCAAGCUAUCAACAAUACCAUUAAGAGUAAGAACUUCCUUGGGUGGCAGGAUUUGAUUAUUCAGCUUGCGUUAAUGACACGUUGAGGCACGGUGGUCAAUUUUAAAUCACAGUUUUUUCCUCCUACCUUGUGUGUAUACACGUUGCAAGAGGGUAACCCUGGAAUGGACUAGCAUUUAAUGCUGCAUAAACCAAACUAAACUCAAUGGUCGUGUUUAACGAUGAUUAUACCUUAGCACAUACAUGCAGUUAAUACAGAACUAGUGUAACGUACGAGCUUACCAAAGUGUUCUUUGUUCUUGUAGUUCAGUUACACUACGCCAAAUUUAGUGAUAUCUACACCAGGAGUGAGAUCUGACUUAUUCAAAAGGGACCCAAAAAAGGUAAAACGUAUAAAACAUUUCUAACAUGAUUCCAUAACGUGAUCGGAUAUUAAAGGUAUGAAUUAGAUUUUCUUCUUUGACAGGUGUCUAAGUCUGAUUGAGUAAGCGAUAUGUACAAUCAUGGACAAAAGUCUUCGGACACUUAAGCAUUUCUGGGGCGUUUUCCAGUUCACAUACCUGUGCCGAACCCCUCCGUUCAACCCAGAAUUUUUGCGAGUUUCAUCUUUGUUUUGGGUGGAGUGAGGGAGCGCUGUAAGAAAAUUUCGAAAAAGAUACAAGUGUUUUAUGAAGGAACCCAGAAAUUACAGAAAAUCAUGUAAUGUAUCAAGCAUGAGACGCAGUGUUUCAUCACCAGAUGAAACACCGUGAACAGAGUUAAAAAUGCGACGCGCAGCGGAGUAUUUUUGACGAACUUCGAGGUGAUUCAUCUGGUGAUGAAACACUGUGUCGAAUACUUGAUAAUCAUAUUACUUCUUAAAAAAAUAAUUUUAGAAGAAGAAAUUAAGGAUGCAAAAAUGACCAGUUUUUCAUCUGAUUUCCAAUCACUCAUUGAACAUUAAUGCUCUUUGUGUUUUGUCUAUGAAUUAUGAAUGAGUUGGAGAAGAAUACUGCAUUACUGUCCCAGGUACUUUUGUCUAUGGUUGUAGUUGUGGUGACAGAUAUAAAGUUUCCUCUUUUCUUUUUUUAAGGUAUUGGUGACCGACUUCUUUGGCAGCGUUCACAGCGUUGAGAUAUCAAAUUCCUCGGCUUCUGAUGUCCAGCAGGAAUCUCUAUGCAGGUACAUCUUCUGUCACACGGAGAAACAGCUUUGAGGGAUUCAAAAAGGAUUCUAGCCACAAUCAAGCUUCACCGAGUAUAGAGGCAACUACGCAUAGCCACGACUCAGAGAUUCGAAAGUUGAACUUUUAGGCGACAAAUAACCCGCCGCAGGGUUAGUUGAGUUGGUUGAGCACUGGCCCGCCUAUUGGGAGAUUGCUUUGCAGUCUCCGGGUCGUCUCAGUACUCAAGGCUUUAAAAUAUCUGAGCAGGCCCAGCCUUUGCCUUACGACGCCCGUGCUCCAUAUAUUUUGACUCAAAUAAAGGCGCGUUUCUCAUAAAGCACUUUUAAAAGUCAGGUUAAAUGGUAAAAUCAAGAACUAAAGGCUGUCCCAAGUUAAUUAACUUGAAAUAUUUUUCUCUUUGCAGAGGAGACGGUUGCCCGGCUCCCGUAAGAAACAAAAGUCCUAAAACAGCAGAGAAACGUGUUUUGCGCGAGCAGUUUCCCACCACAGCAAAAAAGGUAUCAUUCAUCAUUCUAACGAGUUUAACGUAGAUUAUCUCUGUAGCUCUGGUUUGAUCCCGAUUUCUGUGUCUGUGACUUUGGGACAUAAAAUACGUGGCGUCACAUCAGUAGCAUAGGUGAGCUUCUUUGAGCCUCCUGUUUGCGGUGGAAUCUCAUAGGUGAAGGGAAACCACAGUAAUGUUGUGGUGUUAGUGGUGGAAAACAAUAGCAUUUUGGUGGUGUCGGUGUUAAAGGAAAACCAUAGGAAUUGGUUGUUGAUCGUGGUGUUGAAACUACAGUAAAAAAUGUUGUGGUGGUGGAGGAACGAAAAGAAUGGGAGUGCGGAGGUGAGAUGGAUAAAAGGUGUUUCAGGAAAAAAGAGACUACUGUGUUGAAAGAGCUAUGGUUUUCAAAUGUUUAAUCGCCAAGAAUUGAUGAACCGUAACCAUGAAAAGUAAGCAAGAGAUAAAACCUACGCAAGAAUCUUUAUAGAUCUAUGGGUUUGUGUUUGGUUACCAUCCGAACUGCUUUUCGAAACAAUUCAACCAAAAACUAUGACAAUUAUAUCUAUGUCAAAGCGCCAAACGUUUUGUGUUAAGAAUACUUAGAUCAGAAUUGACCACGAGUGUAAGAGUUUUGUGCAACCAGUUCCAGUCCAGUCAACGGAACAAUACCCCGCGUCCAUGAAAAUUAAUUAGUUACAAAGGCAUUUAACGGCGUUAAUUUACUUCUUUUUUACAGUCAGAGAAGGUGGAAUGGAAAUUUCCGGUUGAGUUUCUGGUAUCUGUUGCGGUGUUUGUGGUAUUGAUUGGCGUGGCCUCCCUGCGAUAAACAUACUGCAGUACUGAAGACGUCAUAAAGAAAUCAAUGUGACGUAAGCUCUUUGCGCUAACAGACACAAGUCUGUUGUCAGGAGGGCUACGUGAGUGACGGUAACGAGGCGGAUAGAAGAGUCAGUGUUACACAUGAUGACAGUAACUUGUGGCGAGGCACACAUUGGAGCUUAUUAUGCGAGUUGUGAGCCAAUGAAACGAAAGCUCAACAAGGGAUGUACGUACCAAGAUGAAUGGACAAUAACCACCCAAUAUUAAAGGGAACCUCCACUCUUACUACAGAAUAAGUUUAAAUCGAAUAAAAUUGUGUUGAUAAACAAAUUUGUUCGAAAUUUGUCUUUAAAAAAGUGUUUAUAUCAGGAAAAGUGAAUUUUAAAAUCGCUUAUUUUCACUUU